AUGGCUGGAAAGAAGAGGCAGAACAAAAGAAAUGGAAAAGUGUCAAAGCCACAAGCGGAGCCUAAGAAAGUCACUGAGAAACAGGAGGAUCUGAUCAGCAAGCUCCCCGAUGACAUCCUCCUGCACAUCCUAUCCAUGUGCCCCUAUCACGACGCCGUGCGCACUGCCGCGGUUUCACGGAGGUGGCAACAUCUCCACACCCGGCUUCCAAACGUUCGGUUUCGUAUGUCGGUACUUGGCAACCUUGCAUCUCUAGGCGAGUCGAGCGAACCGCGCGUGCAGAGCAUGGAGCGCAUGCUUCGCCAACGCUGUCACGACGACGGUGGCCUGCACGACACCAUCGAGACGCUCCACAUUGGUUACCGGAAGGACGUCCCGUUCGAGUGCCGGUACGCGAACGAGUUCGUCGCGCUGGCCAACGCGUCGAGGCUAGAGCUGCACGUCCAGUGCAAGAGGGGACUCCCUGACGAGGACGCCGGCGUGUGGUCGCUCGAGCUGCCGCCGGCGACCACCGAGCUUGAGCUAGGCCUGUACUGGUACGCGGUGAGGCCGCCACGCGUGCGUGGCCCCGGCGUCACCUCCCUCCGGUGGCUUGCGUUGGACGGCCUGACGGUGCUGCGCCCGAGCGAUUUCCUCUCUACCGUCGUCUUCCCUUCGCUGGAGGAGCUGCACAUCGUCGACUGCACGCUCCCGGCCAGCAUCGACAUCACGUCCGACACCAUGCCGCGGCUCAAGCGCCUCCGCAUCACCGACGACCUAAUGAGCGCCACCACCAAGGCCGGGAUCGCCGUCCUCGCCGACGAGCUGAGGGAGAUCCGCGUGUCGUGCCGCUGCCCGACCGAGCCCAUGUCGUCGUCCAGCCCUGCCGCCUACCACCUGCUCCCGCGGUUCCGUGCCCUCUUCACCCGGUACUUCGUGCGCGCGCCCAAGCUGCGCGUGUUCGAGUGGAGAUGCUGCUUCGCCGACGAGGUCUGUGUGGAGAGCGUCGGCCGUCUCACGGACGUCGCGGUGGAGCUCGCCGCCGGCCGGCUGCCGAGGCUGUCUGACGAGGAGAGCAAAUCUCUGUCGGUAGAAGACUGUGACAAGCUAAUGAAAGGCAUCCUUCGUGGACUCAUGCCUGGACUGCAGCCGCCCAGCUGGAGUUCUAUUCAGAGAAAAUGCAUCAAGCGAGAUGAAAGGUGGCUUAGCUUUGAGAUCUCAAGUGCUCCAAAGUAUUAUGUAAAUGAUUAUUGA